CGUAGUCGAAAAUCUGUCAUUUCUCCGCGAAACUGCUUUAGAGUAGUGGAGGUAAAGGAAGCUGUUCAACAGCUUCUCUUUUGUUAAAGGACAACAUAACCUUUGGAAAUUAUUUUUUUCUGUGUGACGCAAGCAAUAAGCAUUGAGGACAUUGUGUGGAUAACUUCAGAAAACAAUGCAUCAUUUAAGGACUUGUGCUGCUAAGCUGAGGCCUUUGACGGCCUCGGAGACUAUUAAAAAUGUUUCACAGAACAGGACAGCUAAACUUAGGACGUUUCAACAUAUUCGGUGCUAUUCUGCACCUGUUGCUGCUGAGCCAUUUUUAAGUGGGACUAGUUCGAACUAUGUUGAGGAAAUGUACUUUGCUUGGUUGGAAAAUCCCAGAAGUGUACAUAAGUCUUGGGAUGUAUUCUUUAGAAAUGCAAAUUCUGGUGCACUUCCUGGUACUGCAUACCAAAGCCCCCCUCCUGUUGGCGCCAUCCUGCCUGCCUUAUCUUCAUCUCAUUUCCAGGUCGAGACUCAGCCUAAUGUGGAGAAGUUGGUAGAGGACCAUCUUGCUGUGCAGUCACUUAUACGAGCCUACCAGAUUCGAGGUCAUCAUGUAGCACAGUUGGAUCCACUUGGAAUUCUGGAUGCAGACCUGGACUCGUCUGUUCCAACUGACAUAAUCACAUCCCCAGAAAAACUAGACCUUGAUGCGUUCAAGAAUCGAAUGGAUGUUCUGACGGUAGGAGGGUUCUAUGGAUUGCAGGAGUCUGAUCUUGACAAAGUCUUCCAUCUGCCUACCACUACUUACAUUGGCGGAAAUGAGACUGCUCUCCCUCUUCGAGAAAUUGUACGCCGACUGGAGAUGGCAUAUUGUCAGCACAUUGGUGUCGAAUUCAUGUUCAUCAACGACUUGGAACAAUGCCAGUGGAUUCGGGAAAAGUUUGAGACCCCAGGCAUUAUGCAGUUCACUGAUGAAGAGAAGCGCACUUUGCUGGCAAGACUGGUCCGUUCUACCAGGUUUGAAGAGUUUCUGCAAAGAAAGUGGUCUUCUGAAAAGCGGUUUGGUUUAGAGGGGUGUGAAGUGUUGAUUCCUGCUCUGAAAACCAUAAUUGAUCGAUCAAGUGGGAAUGGCGUUGACUAUGUCAUCAUGGGAAUGCCUCACAGAGGGAGGUUGAAUGUUCUUGCCAAUGUUAUCAGGAAGGAACUGGAGCAAAUUUUCUGCCAGUUUGAUUCAAAGCUAGAAGCUGCAGAUGAGGGCUCAGGAGAUGUAAAAUACCACUUAGGAAUGUACCAUAGGAGAAUAAACCGUGUUUCUGAUAGAACUAUCACACUGUCCCUGGUGGCAAACCCCUCUCAUCUGGAGGCUGUUGACCCUGUGGUUCAGGGGAAGACCAAAGCUGAGCAGUUCUAUUGUGGAGACACUGAUGGGAAGAAGGUUAUGUCCAUCCUUUUACAUGGUGAUGCUGCAUUUGCUGGCCAGGGCAUUGUCUAUGAGACGUUUCACUUGAGUGAUUUACCAUCCUACACUACACAUGGCACAAUACACGUGGUGGUCAACAACCAGAUUGGUUUCACAACAGACCCACGAAUGGCCCGAUCCUCUCCUUAUCCAACAGAUGUUGCCCGAGUGGUGAAUGCACCCAUUUUCCAUGUGAAUGCUGAUGACCCAGAAGCAGUGAUACAUGUCUGUGAUGUGGCAGCAGAAUGGAGAAACACCUUUCACAAAGAUGUCGUGGUUGAUUUGGUGUGUUACCGACGGAGUGGCCACAAUGAGAUGGAUGAGCCUAUGUUUACUCAGCCCCUGAUGUACAAGCAGAUUCGAAAGCAGAAGCCCGUGUUGCAGAAGUAUGCAGAGUACCUUAUAGCAGAUGCUAUUGUUACACGUCAGGAGUAUGAGGAAGAAAUUGCCAAAUAUGAUAAGAUUUGUGAAGAGGCUUAUGCAAGAUCCAAAGAUGAAAAAAUUCUCCACAUCAAGCACUGGUUGGACUCCCCUUGGCCUGGCUUUUUUACCCUGGAUGGUCAACCCAAGAGUAUGUCGUGCCCCUCUACCGGAUUAAAUGAAGAAGACCUGAUGCACAUUGGUGGUGUCGCUAGCUCUGUCCCUGUUGACAACUUCACAAUUCAUGGAGGACUGAGCCGGAUCUUAAAGGCCCGUGCUGAGAUGGUGAAGAGCAGGACUGUGGAUUGGGCAUUGGCUGAGUACAUGGCAUUCGGUAGCCUCCUUAAAGAGGGAAUCCAUAUCCGGCUUAGUGGGCAAGAUGUAGAGCGAGGGACAUUCAGCCACCGACACCAUGUCCUUCAUGAUCAGAAUGUGGAUAAGCGGACCUGCAUUCCUAUGAACCAUUUGUGGCCUAACCAGGCACCCUACACUGUAUGCAACAGUUCAUUAUCGGAGUAUGGUGUCCUUGGUUUUGAGCUUGGCUUUGCCAUGGCCAGCCCCAAUGCCUUGGUUUUAUGGGAGGCCCAGUUUGGUGAUUUCCAUAACACUGCUCAGUGCAUUAUCGACCAGUUCAUCAGUUCCGGACAGGCCAAAUGGGUGAGGCAGAAUGGCAUUGUUCUUCUCCUACCUCAUGGCAUGGAGGGAAUGGGACCUGAACACUCGUCUGCCAGGCCAGAGCGAUUCCUGCAGAUGUGCAAUGAUGACCCUGAUGUUUUCCCGAAAAGAACCGAUGAUUUUGCUGUUCGUCAGCUCUAUAACUGUAACUGGAUUGUUGUGAACUGUUCCAGUCCAGCAAACUUCUUCCAUGUUCUUCGGAGACAGAUCCUUCUUCCAUUCAGGAAACCAUUGAUUGCUUUCACCCCUAAGUCUUUACUCCGUCACCCUGAAGCCAGGUCCAGUUUUGAUGACAUGUUGCCAGGGACCCAUUUUUACCGUGUAAUUUCUGAUGAUGGCCCCGCAUCCAAAAAUCCUGAAAAUGUAAAUAGGCUGCUUCUGUGCACAGGAAAGGUAUACUACGAUCUCAUUCGGGAGCGCAAAACCAGGAACAUGGAAUCAAAUGUGGCAAUCACAAGGAUUGAGCAGCUGUCUCCAUUCCCAUUUGAUCUGAUAGAAAUGGAAGUUCAAAAGUACCCAAACGCUCAGAUAGUUUGGUGUCAGGAAGAGCAUAAAAAUCAGGGAUAUUAUGACUACAUCAAGCCACGGAUUCGUACCACCAUAAAUCGCUCAAAACCUGUGUGGUAUGCAGGCCGGGAUCCAACUUCUGCACCUGCUACAGGUAACAAGGCGGCACACCUCAUGGAGCUGAAACGCUUCAUGGAUACAGCCUUCAACAUAAAUGCCUUUGAUGGGUUGGUUUAACUGUUAUUCCUUCCUGUUUUGCCUACCAAGUAGCACCUCCCUACCAACUCAGCUCUUAGUGUUUGCUCAUAGACAUUUUGAGACAGUGAGCUGUGGACCAUCGUAUGGAUAUUGUCACAUGGCUUGUAGCUGAAAUGCUGAAGAUUCAGUAACUUGUAAGACUGCUUGCCUUGAUGGCCUUCUGCUGCAUUUGGACAUUUUUAUAUAAAAUGUGUGAUCAAGUUUACAUUAUAGUAAAUGGCCUGGUUACUGAAAACAAGGUUCAUGAUAUAAACGUUCCACCUGAAUCCCUUACCACUCCACAUAUUAGCUUAUGAUUGGUUUCUUGGGGCUGUCUACGCUGUACAGACAUAGAAAUGUAGUAGUUAUGGGACUGGUGUUGCACUGAAGUUGGAGAUGGAGGUCUGUUGUCCAUCCACAUGUCUGCUGCAUUGCUAAGCCCUAAAGAGAACUCAGCUGUCAUUUUAGCCAUGAUAUGCCAUGUAAGCUUUCUGCCCUUUUCUUGGGCCUUCAUCUGAUGGCAUUGCUACUACUAGCUAUAAGGAGUUCAGCUUGUGCACGCUACUGACUUUUAACAGCUCAAUCUAGAAGUUAUUUGCAGCCUUUUUUGUUUCAGCUACAAAGAAAAAUACCUCUAAGUCAAUGCAAAACUGUUUUAAAAUUUAAAUAGUAGGCCAACUACUGGUGUCACUUUCCUCCACACUUCUCAGGCACUUUGUUUUGUAAUAUUUUUGUUUUAGCUUUUGUGAAGUUGAAGUAGAGAGGCAUGGCUUGUAUGUCUUUUGAUUAAGGACAGUUGUGUGCAGAGAGUUCACAUCCUUAACAUCCUGACAUCACAUUCAGGGUGGUGAUUCCGUCUGCCUUGCCUCCUCUUCACUCAGAAAUAAAGUGGCACUGAUACUUCCAAAACACUCUUGCUUGCUUCCUCCUGUGCCAAAAAAAGACAAUGUUUCGGACACCUUUUAUGAAAUGGAAUCACAGCCGGAAUAAUUUUAACACUGUAACCACUUUGAAUCUCCAGUGGGGAAAAAUGAGUUAUUUAUUUUGGUAUAAAUGAUUACAAUUUUCAACUGUUUGCUUUGUCAAUAAAAAGACAGUAUCCAUCCAA